AUGGCCCGACCAUGUGGACUUCCCCGUGCGGCGCGGCACGUUGAGGAAAGGAGACACGCUCUACAUCCCAGCUUACCACUGGCAUUGGGUGGCGACGUCCACGCCGCCUUCCUUGGGCAUCCAGGACGAGGGUCCGCUGGCCUUGUCUGUCAAUUUCUGGUGGUGGCCCAUACACAACGACAAGGCCAUGGAAGAUUGGAGCUUCCAGAACGAGUGUGA